UUAGACGGACUCACGGAAAGAUUCCGCGAAGCCUGCCAGGCCCGUCACUCCUGCAAGAAAAAAAAGAACGAAACCAAACAGAGCACCAGUCCUUCACUUCUCCCCCUCGAUAGGGCACGGCGGCACGCCGGCACGCCGCCACAGCUGAGCCGGUACCCCGCUCCUCGCCGCUAGCCUGCGCCCGGAUCCUCGCCGCCCUCCACCCCCUCCACCCCCUCGUCCACUUCCUUCCCUCUACCUUACCGGCAAGAUUUCAGAAGGUAUCCAACGCCGAGUGCCUGGCCGCCGGCCGCCGCCCGGUUCCCCGCUCGUCGCCGCCAUGCCCCUUUAACCUGUGCGACCCUCGGCCUCGUGCGCUUCCCGUCGCUGCCUCAGGAGCAAGAUGUCGAGCACGGAGGAGGUACCGAUAGAAGAUGCAGCGGGGGAGUGGGGAAAUAAUCUGGCAUCGAAGGUCGAAAAGAAACCGGCGCCGGAGAAGGACAAGAAUUCAACAAGGGAGGACGGCGGAAUCGGCGUCAACCUUAUGCUGGGCAAGGAGCAGCAUGAAAUAGACCCACAAGCUCAGAAUAGUCGCAAUGACAAGAAGACCUUGGAGCCAAUAGAAGCGGAGGAGCCAGCAAGCGAGGGUAGUAGUGCAGCGAUCAAAAACAGGGAACAGAUCUCGUUAUCAAAUAAGGCUGGGUCAUAUCUGCCAAGUGACGUUGUUCAGACUCAGUUACUAGCUAUUCCAGAGGAAGAGGUUGCCUCAAAAAAGCCACAGUUGAAAAUGAAGAAAGAGAAGGAAAGAAAGACGGCGAAACUUUGGGAAGAGUUCAUUUUAUUUUUUACAGUUUGUGCCAACUGA